CAAAUUUCCACAAAAUAAUGAUCAAAUAAUGAUUCGUUUCCAUCUCUUCGUGUCCUUCGUUUUGCUCCGAUCCAUCGCCGCCGACAUCGCCGCCGACCGCGCAGCCCUCCUCCGCCUGAGAGACGCCGUCCGCGGCCGCACUCUCACGUGGAACGCCGCCAGCGCCGCCGCGCCGUGUGUUUGGGAGGGAGUGGAAUGCGACAACGCAACCAACCGCGUGGCGGAGCUCCGCCUACCCGGCGACGGCCUGACGGGGGGCCUCCCGCCGAACACCGUCGGAAACCUAACCGAACUCCGGGUCCUCAGCCUCCGCCGGAAUUCCCUCUCCGGCGAGCUCCCAUCGGACCUAGCCUCGCUGACGCUGCUCCAAACCCUCCACCUCCAGGGGAACCAAUUCUCCGGCGACCUCCCCGGCGGGAUUUUCCGAUUGACAAACCUGGCGUUUCUCAAUCUCGCUGACAACAGAUUCUCCGGCAGCAUCUCGCCGGAGUUUAACCGCCUGAGUAAUUUGAAACACCUUUAUCUGCAGAACAACGCCUUCGCUGGACCGGUGCCGGAGCUGGACCGCCUGCCGGAAUUAACGAAGUUCAACGUUUCUUUUAAUUCCCUGACCGGAGAAAUUCCGGCGGGAUUAGGCCGUCGUUUCAACCAGUCGUCUUUCCUCGGCACCUCUCUCUGCGGCGGCCCCGGCGCUCCAUGCGCCGAUUCCGGAGGCGGCGGUGGCGACGCCGCAAGCGAAGGUAAACUUUCCGGCGGCGCGAUCGCCGGAAUUUCCAUCGGAUCACUUCUAAUCUUCAUUAUACUCCUCGUGAUCCUAUUCAUCGUGUGGUCGAAAUUCAAAACUCGAAAAAUUCUACCCCAAACCCAAAGAUCAUCUCCAACUCCGGCGUCUCCAGAAAAUCCCCAAAUUCUCGACCCUGAAAACCCUAAUUUAAUUUCCGAUCAAAUCGCCCCGGCGAGCGACGACGCUGCGAAAUUACACAAGGAAGAAUCAAAUCCGACGAUCAGAAAGCGCGCAACCGACGGUCUGAUAUUCUUCGGCGACGACGUGGAGGUAUUCACCUUGGAGGAGCUUCUCCGGGCGUCGGCGGAGGUCAUCGGAAAAGGCACCGUCGGGUCGACAUACAAGGCGUAUUUUGACAGCGGCGUCGAGGUCAUUGUUAAACGCCUGAAAUUCGUGAGCCUGUCGGAGGAGAAUUUCCGUUCAAAAAUCGAGGAAGUCGGAGCACUGGUCCACGAUCAUCUGGAGCCUCUUCGAGGUUACUUCUAUGGCAGAGACGAGAAGCUUCUUCUCUACGAGCCGAUGCCCAAUGGCAGCCUGGCACGACACCUCCAUGGGGAGAAAGAAGAGCCAUUGUCCUGGAAAAUCAGGGCCAAGAUUGCUCUAGGGGCGGCACGUGGCAUCGCCUAUCUCCACUCCAUCAGCGGCGGUGCCGCCACAUCUCACGGCAACAUAAAGUCGUCAAACAUUUUCCUUACAGAGUACUACAAUGCCCGUGUGUCCGAAUUCGGCUUGACUCAGCUCGUUUCGCCAAUUUCAAUCCUUAACGGAUAUCGGGCGCCAGAGGUGUCCGAUACCCGGAGGAUGUCCCAACAGGCCGAUGUCUACGCAUUUGGAGUUUUGAUCCUUGAAUUGGUUACCGGAAAAUCUCCGGACACGGCGCUGGUGGAGGAAGGGACCGAGCUACCAAAUUUGGUGGAAUCCGUUGGGCCGGAGAAAUGGAAAGAUGAAAUUAUUGAUCCUAGUUUGGUUCGAUUCGAAUACGAGAUCGACGACAUUGUCCAAUUUGUCCAUUUGGCGGUGGCGUGUACUGGUCGGAGCCCCGACCGGCGGCCGUCCAUGGCGGAGGUUGUCAGAAGGAUUGAGGAAAUUUGUGGUUAGAAUUACCUGCCGCUGCUUAAUUAUGUUUGUGGAAUCAUUUUUAGUGUUUCUUGAUGAUGUAUUAUUAUUCUUUUGUAAUAACCCUAGUUCCCCUGUUUUGCUUUUUUGCUCUCUUUUUAUUUAUAUAUAUCUUUUUUUUUUAUUA